AUUUAUUUAAACAGCAUUUAAUUACUGUUUAAUGGGAUAACAGUGCACAAAAAAUGUAUCACUUUUGGUUGGGUUUCCUUCAUCUUCUUCCCUGUCAAAGCCUCAUAAAUCCUCAUUGCUUUUGCAUUUGCCAUUUUCCAGUUAAAUGGGUUACAGUAGAACAGUUUACGCACUUUAAACUGAUGGCUUUAAAAACAAACUCUCUAAGCAAGUUGUUGCCAAAUGUUUUCAGCUUUAAAAAGGUGCAGGUGUUUUCUUGCAAAUUUGCUGAGUCAAACUGCCUCUGAGGAUCAGGCUGUAGGGGCUUGAGAGUUUAGCUAGCUUGACACAUUUUCCUUUCUUCAGAAGCACUAAAUAAAUGCUAUUUAUUUUAACAUGUUUUUUUUAAAAAACUGUUUAAGUGGAUAAUUUCUGGCAGUUGGGAUAUAACUUUCCUUUAGGACAAUAAGAGACAUCAUAAAUAGUACCAGCCUGGCAGGUGUAUGUCAUGCAGUGCUUGGGUUGCAAGUGUGAGAGAGCAGAGAAACCUCAGUAUCUUUUUAUUCUAAAAACACCAGAAGAAAUGUCCAGACUUUUGAAGAUGUGUUUCUUGUUGAUAUCAAUGAAUCAUGCUGAGAUUACUUACAGUCAGAACUCUGAAGAUCUGCCUCCAUUGUUACACAAAGCUGUGGAGGAAGUAAUAGCUGGGAAAUAUCUGAAUGCCCUCCUAGAUAUACUUUAUUUUCAAAGCUCUAAUGUCUGGACAGCAGAUCUGCUUACAAAAGUCAUUGCAUAUUUUCAUGCCCAGGAAGUUAUGUUUACUGUUAGCAGCCUCCAGAUGUCCAUAAAAAGUUACCUGAAGAACCUUUUAUAUCAGCCCAGGCAGCUACUGUCUGAAAUGCAGCACCUUGAUCAGCAGCAGUUCCAGACUGCAAUGAAGUACCUCUUCAACAGCAAAAAGGAGCAUCUUGAAAUUGGAAAUAUUAUUCUUGACUGGGGCAAGACCAGAGAGAGAAUUUUUCAAAGCCCAGGAGUAAAUAGGACCUUGUUUCUUGUCACACUUGAUAAAUGCUUCCUGGUUCUGAGUGCCCUGGACUGUGUGGAUAUCCUGAGUCAGAUUCUGCGUGUGUCAGCAGUGAACUAUCUCCAACCUGAUGUCAUAGGGAAUCUCCCAAACCUUCUGCUGGAGGAUGCUUUCAGAAACUUAUCAUCAUUAUUCAAGGACCUCUAUGACAGAACUUCAGCAAGCACUCAGAGAGCUCUCUAUGGCUGGAUGAAGCAGAUUCUACAGAAAUCUUACAACAUGAGUGAGUUCAAUGAAUCAACUUCUUGGGUCACUGCUGAAAGCUUAUGGAUUUUGGGAAGAUACAUGAUCCAUCUCCCAUUAGAAGAAAUAUUGAAAAUUAGUCUCAAUGAAAUCAGACUGUUCAUUAGCUACGACAAUGCAACAAAGCAGUUGGACACAGUGUAUGAUAUCACACCAGAGCUUGCACAGGCCCUCCUGGAAAGGAUAAACUCCUCAGGAUUUGAUAUGAGGAACACUUCAACUAUCUACAGGCUGGGUUUGUUGGUUUGCUUUUAUGAUGACCUGGAACAGAUGGAUGCAGCUGUGGCCCGUGCUCUACUUCAUCAAAUGAUUAAAUGCAAUCAACUGAGAGGUUUCCAGGCUGAGGUUCAUGAGGUAUUUUUACUUCUGAUCUGCUCAAGCCAAGUUAUGAUUUUAUCCAGUAAAUAUCUCUCUUAUGAAAAGGUUUUAUCAUUUUAUAACGUUAGCCAAAUGGGCGCCUUGGUGACAGGAAUUGGCACCCGGUCACUCCACAGCAUGAGCCCCAGGGAGCUGGCUCAGAUUAUUCGAGGCACAACGUCCCAGUACUUGUCUGACUUAUCUCCUGCACAGCAGCAGGGCAUCCUCAGGAAGGUAGCUGCAUCUGGAGAUUUUUCUUCAUCAGUCAAAGAUAUACAAGGAUCUUUCUUUAAAGAAGUCUCUCUUUCUGGUUUAUGGAAGCAAACUGGAUUUAAUUCUUCAAUGCUGAAAGAAAAAGAACUAAGAAGCAGCCAGGCUUUGUAUCUGUAUGAAUUAGUGUCCAAGAAAAACUAUCCUGUUGACCUUCUAAGCACAGGACAGCUUGUGAAAGGACUAACUUGUCAACUCAUUGAAAUGAUGGACACAGACAUAUUUUUAAACAAUUUUAAAUUCUUUGAAAUGAAUCUUCAUCUGCUUUCUCCAUAUCAGGUUAAUUGUUUGGCCUGGAAAUUUUGGAAAGUCUCCAAUGCAUCCAUUCCUCCCUUCCUCUUACUGGCCCUUCCUUCUGAGUACCUGGAGUACGUUACAGGCCCUUUGUGUGUCCCUUUCCUUGAACGUCUGGGGAAGACUGGAAUGGACCUUCUGAACCCAAGCCAUCACAAAAAGGAUGCUGUUCUGCAAAAAGUACAGGAGUGCUUGAACAGCUCCAUUGCUGAUGAAUAUGAUGUUGACCUCCUUGGAAAUCUAAUCUGCCACUUACCUCCAGCCUUUCUACAUGACAGAAUGUCCCUGAAGGCAAUGGCAGCAGCCCUGCAUCAAUUCAAACUUUGCCAACAGCUCAGCCAUGAGCAGAAGACUGAAAUUAAAUACAAAUUCCUUCAGUUAUAUGGCUCCUCAGAAACAACAUUAGAUGUUGGACCAUUCAUAGCUCUGCUGUCAAAAGAGGAAUUAAAUGUCCUCGCUGAAAAGUUCCUAGAUAUCAUUUUACAAAUAGCAAAGACAAUUGGACCAGUUUCUUCAGCUGAAGAGCUUCUAUCAGCUGUGUUCGAGUCAGUCUCCAACAGCACUGGCAGCAUCCACUCGUCCCUCAGCAGAGCUGAUUGCCUGAGAACCAGAGCUCCUUCUUCAAAUGAAAUAAUUAAAUUAGGAGAAGCAAAUGUCUUUUGGUCAGUUCAGGAACUGAAAUGCAUGGACCCAGGGACUUUUGACAAAAAUGUGGAGCUUCUUGGGGCUGUCUCAGGUUUUAACAGCUCCCAGCUGACUGCCUUGAAGGAAAAAGCCAAGCAGGUUUGGGGGUUGCUGCCAGACUGGAGGAGUUACCAAAUCAUCUCCCUGGGCCGCAUUGCUCUGGCUCUCACUGAGGAGGAAAUCAUAGAGCUGGACCUGCACUCCAUUGACACUGUUUCUGUUCUUAGUCAGCAAACAGAGUGGACUCUUACCCAGGCAAGAGCUAUUUUGCAAGGUUUUCUAGAUGACUCUGGCCAGACCAUCAGCACACUAAAAAGUUUUGAUCUAGUUGGAUUAGGAGCUGUUCUCUGUGCUUUGAACUCCACAGAAAUCACAUCCAUAAGGACUUCUGAAUUCAGUGCUGCAAUUGCAAGAAUUGGCCUGCUGUUUUGUAGCACCCCUGUUCUGAGGCAGUUUAAGAAGAUGACAGAAUCUGUGUUUGGUGCUGCUACCAGCUGGAAUGGCUCUGUUUUACAGGAAAUUGGUACUAUAGCAGGUGGUUUGAAUGAGGAUGAAUUAAAAGCUUUUGAUAAAAGCUUGCUGCCAUAUCUCCAGCCAUCAGCAGUAAGACAUAUACCUCCUGAAAUUUUCCAAGCUUUGUCCCCAGAACAAAUAGCAAACCUGGGCCCUGAGAACGCCGCCAUGGUUACAGGAUUGCAGCGGGAGCAUCUGGAUGCAUCACAGCUCCAGAGCCUGGCGCUGGCACUGGAUGGAGCCAGGACCAGCAGCCCAGGGACACAGAGCACUGUAGGCUCUCCCCAGGAGGGGCAAACCCCAGCUCCCAGCGGUGCUCCUUGUUUGAGCGGCUUUGGCAUCUGGCUGUGUGCUGUGUUUACACUGCACCUGCUCUUCUGAACCCUCAAAGUUUGAGUUUGAGUGUCCUGGAGCUUACAACUGUGAUGCUAGAGAUAAAAGAGUGUCAGCUCAGCAUGAACAGUAGAAUCAAGAGGCUCUGAGAUUUCUAAGCACAUAGUGGUUAAAUUCUUACAAGCAAGGUCUCCAUCUGCCAUCACGAUGAGAACUAUCUCCUUUCCAUAGCUUUACCAUUAACAAGCUACACAGUAUCCCUGCAAAUACUUCAAGUUUAAAAACUGGAAGUGGCUUAUCUGUCUCAUGAGAAAAUCACUGAAAUGUAGAAUUGUGGGUUAGGUAGAAACUUGAAUUAUAGGGAGGACAGGUAGCAGGGGACUGUUAUUUGGAGGCUGAUGUCUGUUACCUAGUGCUUUUUACAUGGGCUAAUUUGGUCACACUAUUGUGUCCUUUUGUUGGGUUUUCUUUUACUUCAAGUGUACAUUCCCUGGAGAGGCACUAUCCUUUUGUGUGGUGUAGUAGAAACUGCACUAAAAGUUACUGCUGUUGCAAUAAAAUAGCUUCAUCUCCGGGCUGCUGGUUUAAAUCCCGCUCAGACAAGAAGUGAUAACAGGCUCUUAGAAUUUAAGCACCUCUACAAAACGUAGUUUCCCCAUGGCUGUUUGUACUCAGUACCAAACUGUUGACACUGAGGGCAUUGGCAAUACUUUGAGUAUUUCAUGUGACAAAAUGCACCAUGGAAACCUGCUUAUGUUCAUCAAGAGACAGUCCUUUCACUCCAGAGGGGGUUGAAGUGUACACCUGGGAAUCCUGAGGGGAAACUGUUCACUGUGCUAUGCACUACUAGGACUGUCAAUCCAGUAUUUUCCACAAAACCUAGAAUAAGGAAUUUCUCAUAAUUAUAAACCACAGAUAUUUUCCUGUGUUUUAUCAGCAUAUGACUUAAGUCUUUAAUAUUAGCCUUUCAUGCCUCAAUAUUUUAAACAAUGGGGAAAAAGAUAUAUUAAAAACACUCUGCAUGUGAACAUACAUUCUGAUGUUGUUCAACAUGAUUUUACACCACAAACAAAUAACACAGUUUUCCAUUUUGCCAUUGCAAAAGUCUUUUUUUUUUCUAGACUAAAAAAGACAGUGCAUGGACUGAAAAGUUUAGCUUUUUCGUUCAGGGCUGUACUGUAGUAAAUGCCCUUCAAACUGUAAUUUGUAUGUCUUUAUGGGAAACAUUACAUCUGGCUUCUCAGCCCUGAAAGUAGAAUUGAAAUUUUUUCUUAGGUGGGAACCAAUAGAACUGGGAGGGAGGGAGAACUGGAGAGAAGAGUCCAGCUACUGCUGGGGCAAGGUGAAUGUGAGCUCUUGCUGCAGUUGGGAGUUCCCACCACAGUCCCAUACAGUCUGUAAUUCCUGCAGCAGCAGGGGCUAACUUGAUUCUCAAGGCUCUGUUAUUGGCAAAGUAGGCAAUGAGAGCUGUUUCUUACCCCCUCCUUUUCCUCUUCCCCCUUCAGCAAUCUGCUGCUUUGGGAACUGCCUUUGCCUAUAACUAACCCUGGCAAGUGUGACAUGAUGUUAUAGAUAAUACUACAUGCUUUAAUUCUAUGCAUUUUAUUAGUAAAGAAUUAUGAUUUCUGCAAA